AUGUUGAUCGCCUCCGAUAAUAUCUCUUCUGCUACCGGAAUCCAGCAAGGUGAUCCACUUGGUCCGCUACUAUUUGCGAUUACUGUUGACGGGGUAGCUCGUCCCAUCACCUCUCCUUUCUAUAUAUGGUAUGCAACGUUGGGAGGAUCCAUCGAGGCCGUAUCUGCUGACCUCCGACGAGUUAUUCCUGCUUUAUCUCUACUUGGACUUGAGAUUAACUCGUCCAAAUCAGAGAUAUUAGGACUUCUUAAACGAGAUCAUAUCACAUUUAAGAGAUGCGCGGAGUUAAUUUUCAACGUUACUUUCGAUGACACAGGCUGGAGAGAGGUAACGCUCCCUUUUAGUUUCGGAGGCCUGGGCCUUCGAUCAGCGGCAGACUUGGCCCUUCCAGCAUAUCUUCACUUUCUUCCAGUCGUGAUUGAUGAGUUACUCGGGGGAUCGUCUCAGUGUUUCUCGGGUAGUUCUUUCGAACAUGCUUGCAGCGUCUGGGCCCAAGAAUUACAUUCUAUUCCUUUUCUUUCUUUUCUCUUUUUUCUUCUUUUUUCUAACUUCCUUCCAUCUUCUUAUUUCUUCUUCUUCCUUCUUGCUUCUUCUGCUUUUCUUUCUUCUGGCUUCUUCUUCUUCUUUCUUCCUUUUUCCUUCUUCUUCUUUCUUCUUCUUCCUUCUUCUUCUUCCUCCUCCUCCUCUUUCUUCUUCUUCUUCUUUCUUUCUUCUUCUUCUUUCUUCUACCUUCAUCCUUCGUCUUCUUCUUUCUUCCUUCUUCCUCCUUCCUCCUCCUCCUUCAAUCUUCUUUCUUCUUCUCCUUCGUUCAUCCUUCUUCUUCCUCCUCCUUCUUUCUUUCUUCUUCUUCUUUCUUCUACCUUCAUCCUUUUUCUUCUUCUUCAUCUUCCUCCUCCUUCUUUCUUUCUUUCUUUCUUUCUUUCUUUCUUUCUUCUUCUUCCUUCAUCCUUCUUCUUCCUCCUCCUCCUUUCUUUCUUCUUUCUUCUACCUUCAUCCUUAAUCCUUCUUCUUCUUCUUCUUUUCUUUCUUCUGGCUUCUUCUUCUUCUUCUUCUUUCUUCCUUUUUCCUUCUUCUUCCUUUUUCUUCUUUCUUCUUCUUCCUUCUUCUUCUUCCUCCUCCUCUUUCUUCUUCUUUCUUUCUUCUUCUUCUUUCUUCUACCUUCAUCCUUCGUCUUCUUCUUUCUUCUUUCUUCCUUCUUCCUCCUUCCUCCUCCUCCUUCUUUCUUCAAUCUUCUUCUUUCUCUUCUUCUUCCUUCAUCCUUCUUCUUCCUCUUCUUUCUUUCUUUCUUCUUCUUCUUUCUUCUACCUUCAUCCUUCUUCUUCUUCAUCUUCCUCCUCCUUCUUCUUCUUCCUUCAUCCUUCUUCUUCCUUCAUCCUUCUUUCUUUCUUCUUCUUCUUUCUUCUACCUUCAUCCUUCAUCCUUCUUCUUCUUCUUCCUCUUCUUCUUCUUCAUGCUUUCGCAUGCUUCUACUUGGUAUCUAGUUUGUUCUUCACUCGAUAUGAAGCUGUAACAAGUUUUCUCAAUUAUUCAACACCAGCAACCCCAAUAUUUUCAUUUAAACGCCGAUUCUUUCUUUCUUUUUUCUUCUAUUUCCUUUCUUUCUUUCUUUCUUUCUUUCUUUCUUUCUUUCUUUCUUUCUUUCUUUCUUUCCAGACGUUCCUUAUUUCUUUUUCUUUCUUUCCUUCUUUUUCCUUUCCUUCUUUUUCUAUUCUUUCUUUCUUUCUUUCUUUCUUUCUUUCUUUCUUUCUUUCUUUCUUUUGCUUUUUUCUUAAUUUAUUUCUUUUUCCGUUCUUUCUUUCAUUAUUUCUUUCUAUUUCAUUUCUUUUCUUAUUGCUUUUCUUUUUCUUUUCUUUUUCUUUACAUUUCUUUCUUUUUCUUUUGCUUUUCUUUCUUUUUUCAUUUUCAUUCAUUGUUUCGUUUUUUCCCAUUCUUUUCUUUCUUUUUUCUUUACUUUUUUCUUUAUUUCUUAUGUUCUUUGGUUCUUCUUUCUUUCUUUUUUCUUUCUUUCUUUUUCAUUUAAGUUGGAUUAUAUCUGUUCAUAUCUAUCUCUAUCUAUCUAUCUAUCUAUCUAUCUAUCUAUCUCAGUUUAACCAUUAUCUAUCUAUCUAUCUAUCUAUCUAUCUAUCUAUCUAUCUAUCUAUCUCAUUUGACCAUUAUCUAUCUAUCUAUCUAUCUAUCUAUCUAUCUCAUCUAUCUAUCUAUCUCAGUUUGACCAUCUAUCUAUCUAUCUAUCUAUUUGACUUAUCUAUCUAUCUAUCUAUCUAUCUAUCUAUCUAUCUAUCUCAUUUGACCAUUAUUAUCUAUCUAUCUAUCUAUCUCUAUCUAUCUAUCUAUCUAUCUAUCUAUCUAUCUAUCUAUUUAACCAUUAUCUAUCUAUCUCAGUUUGACCAUUAUCUAUCUAUCUAUCUAUCUAUUUAUCUAUCUAUCUAUCUCAGUCUGAUUAUCUAUCUAUCUAUCUAUCUAUCUAUCUAUCUAUCUAUCUAUCUAUCUCAGUCUGAUCAUAUAUGUUCCUAUCUAUCUAUCUAUCUAUCUAUCUAUCUAUCUAUGUUAAUAUCUUUUAACACUUUUAUUUCUCACUUACGCUCAAAUUCGCUCUUCUUUGUAGAAAACAACUGCAAAAUCUAUCUAUCUAUCUAUCUAUCUAUCUAUCUAUCUAUCUAUCUCAGUCUCAUCAUAUCUAUCUAUCUAUAUCAGCCUCAUCAUAUCUAUCUAUCUAUCUAUCUAUCUAUCUAUCUCAGUCUCAUCAUAUCUGUUUAUUAUCUAUCUAUCUAUCUAUCUAUCUAUCUAUCUAUCUAUCUUUCUAUCUAUCUAUCUAUCUAUCUCAGUCUCAUCAUACUUGUUUAUAUCUAUCUAUCUAUCUAUCUAUCUAUCUAUCUAUCUAUCUAUCUAUCUAUCUUAGUUUAA